CAGGGUAAUUGGUGCAGCCCUGGUGGGGAGAGGUAUCUGGAGAGACAGCCAGAAACAACACUAGUGGCUCCCCGAAGCCUGAGUCUGACGUGCAGGGGCCUGGAAUUCCUGAGUUCCUGGUGUGGGAAGCAGAGGUUCACAGGUGGUCAGUGGGCCAGCAGGGACCUGAGCACUGAACCAAGAGGCCAUAAGGGAGCAGGGCAUUGAGACCUUAGAGACCCCUACUAGCAUGAUGCUCCCUGAGGGCUGGAUGGGUCUAGCCGCCUCCUGCUGGCCCCAUUCGGGGACCCAGUCACACCCACCAAGCCACAGAUCCCUCACAAGGACCCAGUGGAGUGGGCCCGACCUGCUGCCUCACUGUGGAGCCAAAGGACAGCACAAGAAGCUGAGCACACGGAUCUGGGAGCCCUCCUUCCUCACUACCAGGAAAUCAAAGUGACUAUCUACGUAACAGAAAGGAUGGCUUCAAUUUUAUCUGCUUCCAAUAAAUCCAUGCAAUCUGACGGGGAUGCAUGUAUUGGAGAAAGGUUUGUUCAUGUUAAAAAUCCUUACCUGGAAUCUAUGGAUGAAGACAUUCUCUAUCAUUUGGAUUUAGGAACAAAAACACACAACCUACCAGCGAUGUUUGGAGAUGUAAAGUUUGUCUGCAUCGGUGGGAGCCCUAACAGAAUGAAAGCAUUUGCACUGCUUAUGCACAAGGAGCUUGGAUUUGAGGAAGGUGGAGAAGACAUAAAAAACAUCUGUGCUGGGACAGACAGAUAUUGUAUGUACAAAAUUGGCCCUGUGCUCUCCAUCAGUCAUGGCAUGGGCAUCCCCUCCAUUUCUAUUAUGCUUCACGAACUCAUCAAAUUACUUUACCACGCCCGGUGCUAUGAUGUUACCAUAAUCCGAAUUGGUACAUCAGGGGGAAUAGGGAUUGCUCCGGGGUCUGUUGUAAUAACAGAUACAGCUGUAGACGCCUUCUUUAAGCCCCGGUUUGAACAGGUGAUCUUGGACAACAUCGUCACCCGGAGUACUGAACUCGACAAGGAACUGGCUGAGGAGCUACUCAACUGUAGCAAAGAAAUUCCCAACUUCCCAACCCUCAUUGGACAUACAAUGUGUACCUAUGAUUUUUAUGAAGGCCAGGGUCGGUUAGACGGAGCGCUGUGCUGCUUUUCCAGAGAAAAAAAGUUAGAUUACCUGAAGAGAGCAUAUAAAGCUGGUGUCAGGAAUAUUGAAAUGGAAUCUACAGUGUUUGCAGCUAUGUGCAGACUUUGUGGUCUAAAAGCUGCUGUGGUCUGUGUGACACUUCUCGACAGACUGGAAUGUGACCAGAUCAGCUCGGCCCAUGGUGUUCUGAUUGAGUACCAGCAACGGCCCCAGAUCCUAAUCUCCAAGUUCAUCAAGCAGCGUCUUGGAUUCCAUAGUCACACAUCAUAGCUGGGCAGCCCACCCUUCCCCUGGAAGUCUGUAGCUCACGUUGUAAUAUGCUAUUUGUCAUAUGCCAUUUGUGGCGUUUUUCAUAUAGUUCUCAUCCACAUGCUAAAGUUGUAAUGAAGUGAUUUUAUAAAAUUUCUUUUCCUUGAAAAACUGAAUUUAUUGUAAAAGGAAUUCAUACUUGCAUUGAAUCAAAUUCAAAUUUCAUUCUAGAAUGUUAAAUGAAUUGGCCUAAUAAUUACUUUUUUAAAAAUCCUGGAUUGUGACAUUUGGAGUUUCGUAUGCAGCAUUAAUUAAGCUCACAUCAAAAUAGAUCAGCCAUUUGUAGAUACUGUUACCAGCUAGUCUGUUUCUGAAACUGGUCCAGAGAUUCAUUUUAGAACGUUGUCAGGCACUUCUAGGUGUUGGACAAGUGACAGAAAUUGAUCAGGCACAUUCAAAAUAUUUAUGGAAAAAAGUGUCAGUGUAAUGUAGCUCUAGAUGGAAAAGUUACCCUUGGGAAAAUGUGACCUUACUUCUACUUUUCGCCCUGCAUGAAUUCAGUGCACUGUGGAACAGGAAUAGAGGUUUACGUAUGCCUAUAUUUAUGAUUUUAUCACAGAAUAUAACCACAUUGGAUUACACCCUGAUUUCCAAAUGCAAACCCUUGGUAACACAUAGAGAGACCCUCAUUUUUCUUCAGAAAUCACAAGUGAAUAAAUUGCCUUCUAGCAAUUUUUCUUUACUUUUUUUUUUUAAGGAAAUGUGGUUUGGAGGAGGUUGUAUUUUUCUUUUCCAUUUCAAUAUUAACCAAAUAGGCUGAGGAAUUAUUAACAAUUGGAUUUUGACUUGAGUUCAGGUUAUUAAAGUAGUCCUUUUGUGUGGCUUUGUGGCAGGUGCUUGGUCAGCCCCUGCCUAGACCCCUGCCCCACCUGAUCCUCUGGGAGGUACAGUGUCACCUACAGGCUACAACAUGUGCUCUAUGAAUUGAUCCAGCCUUGGGGUUUCUUCUAAUGCUGACACACUCAGGAGUUGGGAAGCAUGGCUGCGGGUGGGGAGAGGGUGACUGUCAAACUUGUAUAAUAUGUAAUGUUUUGCAUAUAUGUUUAUGUGGUUGUGGCUCAAAGUUUAAUUUCAUCAAUACUAUGGAUCAUUUGGAUCCCGGAACAAAACCAUUCAUGGGGCACAGGGUGGGAUCCUCUACUGGCAUUCAGCUGCUCUUAGGCUGGUUGAGUCUGAAGUGGCUUGUUCCUGACUCAGGAACAGUUUUCCCCUUUAACCAGCAACAAUAAACAAUAACCUGAGAAGUGAAUCCAUUUGGGAACUUCAUUUGACAACAGAAAUGCUUGGAGUACAAUUUUCAAGGUACUCUGAUAAUUGACCAUGGAAUACAAAGAUCGGAGCUAAAGUGAGGAGGAAUAGCAUCCCAGUCCUUUUCUGGUGGGGUUUUCACUUUGUUUCAUAUUUUUUUGGACAUGGAAACCAUUUAAGAGUGCCCUCCCUGAGCUUCAGUUUGAACUAUUGUCUUGACUACUCCCAGAAAACCUUUACUUUCCUUUUUACUGAGAGAGGGGAGGAUGUGAGAGAGAGAAGAAUGAAAUAAUUGUAUUUAGCCCUCCUCGCAGCUCCUGACUAGGAGUGUGUGCAUGUAUUUUCCCCACUAGCAUUUCCAUCUCAGUAAGUGGUAUUGGCUGCACAAGCCAGAAACCUAGGAAACUUCUUUGAUGAUUCUUUUCUCCUUCAUUCCCAUGUCGAAUCCACACCCACAUCAAAUCAAUCGCCAACUCCUAUUAAUUUAUUCUCCUAAAUAUAUCUCAAAUUUGUCCACUUCAUGCGAUUCCCUCUGCACCCAUUCAAGUCCAGGACAUCAACUUCUCUCCUCUAGACCCCUGCAGGAGCCCCAUUCCUGAUCUCCCUGCUCCCAUUAUAACUGAGAAGUUAGGAUUUAAGGACUGAUUAUGAUUACUGAAUCAUUACAUAGACAUUCGUUUUUACUUUCUGGUAUAUUACAGUAGACACAGGGAAAUACCUGAAACCUGAACUGUAAUCCAGCUGCCUUGAUCUCUGAUAAUGAUGGUACAGCCUUUAUAUAGUGCCCUUAUGAUUGUAGAAACCUUGUGACUCAACUUCACUUGCACCCAUUUAUCCAGUUUUCUGACUUUAAAGUCUUCUGCUCACUAAAGACAGCCCCUAUUAUUUAUUAAUGAAGGGCCUUGGGUCAGCCCAGAACUACCCCACCCCAAGUCCAAAGUUAUCUUGAUAACUGAAGCUGAAUCUAACCAAAAUGGGCCCACCCAACAUGCACAGUAGCUUAGACUUUAACCUACAAGUCACCUAUACCUCAGUAUAACACUAAAACUCAUGCCCAUCAUCACAUUAAGGCUGCCGUUUUCUUACAUAUGUUCUGUGACUAAGCAUGUACUCAAUCUGUGUAUGCUCACUAAUUAGAUCACUUCUAAAUACAUCAUCUGGGGCCACUGUACUUAUCCUAAAAUCUGCCCAUCUUUUGAUACUAUAAAACUAUUAGAAUUAUUGCAGUUC